CCAGGGACAGAAGCUGAUCGUUCCUGUUUCCCUUUUUCAGUUCAGACUCUGUCAUCUGAGCCAUGAGAUUCUGGUGGCUCCUGCUUGCUGUUGGAGCCUGCACAGGGAACAUAAACUCACAGGACAUGUGCAGGCAAGGGCAUUCUGGCAUCCCUGGGAAUCCUGGGCACAACGGUUUGCCAGGAAGAGAUGGACGAGAUGGAGCAAAGGGGGACAAAGGGGAUGCAGGAGAACCAGGACUCCCUGGAGGCCCAGGGAAGGAUGGAAUCAAUGGAGAGAAAGGUGAACGAGGAGCAGAUGGAAAAGUUGAGGCAAAAGGCAUCAAAGGUGAACCAGGCUCAAGAGGAUCCCCAGGGAAGCACGGGCCAAAGGGAUUUGUCGGUCCUAUGGGAGAGAAAGGCCUCAAAGGAGAGACAGGCCCUCAAGGGCAAAAGGGGAGUAAGGGUGAAGUGGGGCCCAUUGGGCCAGAAGGCUUACAAGGCAACCCUGGACCUUUGGGCACAACUGGCUUACGUGGCCCUGUUGGCCCCAUCGGAAAGCCUGGUCCCAAGGGAGAUGCUGGGCCCAUAGGGCCCCAGGGUGAGCCAGGAGACAGGGGAAUGAGAGGCUGGAAAGGGGAUCGAGGAGAAAAAGGGAAAAUUGGUGAGACUCCUGUGUUGCCAAAAAGCGCCUUCACUGUGGGGCUCACAGUGUUGAGCAAGUUUCCUUCUUCAGAUUUACCCAUCAAAUUUGAUAGGAUCCUAUACAAUGAAUUCCACCACUACAACGUAGCCACAGGGAAAUUCACCUGCCACAUCGCUGGGGUCUAUUACUUCACCUACCACAUCACGGUGUUCUCCAGGAACGUGCAGGUGUCUUUGGUCAAAAACGGGGUGAAAGUUCUGCACACCAAGGACGGUUAUCUAAGCUCUGAGGACCAGGCGUCCGGGGGCACGGUACUGGAGCUGAAGCUUGGGGAUGAGGUAUGGAUGCAGGUGACAGGAGGAGAGAGGUUUAAUGGCUUGUUUGCAGACGAAGAUGAUGAUACAACUUUCACGGGCUUCCUACUGUUCACCAGCUCGUGACCCAGAGGGUUUAUAAACUUGCCUCGCCAUCCACAGAAUUAGCUUAAUGAAGAAGUCAUUAGGUGAAUUUAUGAUAUUAAUUGCACUAAGUACUGCAAUAAUCACACAAAGGUGAGAAUAGGAAAGUUAUCCCUAAAACUGAUUUUAUGAAAAUUACUGUCUUUCCAAGAAUAAAUUUAAAAAUAACUUGUGCUGUUUCUUUUUUUGAACACUUUUGGGUUGUUUCUUCUAAUUUAUUUAGUAGUUUCCUUCAUUCCUAUUACCCGAAGAAUCCUUUUUGUGUGUGUGGCGUUGGGAAGAGUGUUGAUAUCAUGUUAGUGCUCUAAGGAGCCAUCUGUGUUUCAGGGAUCAAGAAAAGGAACAUGUUUGUUCUAUUUAGUGACUAAUGAGCUGGCGAAAAUGAGACAUCCCAGAAAGCUGAAGAACAUUUUGCUCAUUUUCUCCCUCGGGUUUUAAUUGCCAUUCAAUUCAGCAAACAUUUGCUUAGUUAACCAUUUGCCAGACUCUCGCCAAGAUGAAUAAGGAAAACUUCCUGUUCUCAAACAGCUCACCAUCUAAUAUUUCACAAUCACUAUUUUCUUUCUAAGGAGCCCUGGUGGCGCACUGGUUAAGUGCUCAGCAGCUAACUGGUGGGAAAAAAAUCUGGAGGUCUGCUCUCAAAAAAAGAUUAGAGCCCAGAAAACCUUAUGGGGCAGUUCUGCACUGUCACAUGGGGUCACUAUGAGUCAAACAUUGACUUGAAGGCACGUAACAACAAAAACAUUUUUCUUCUACCAAUUUUAAAUGAUCUAUGAGAGAGAAAAAAAUUUACUGGACAGAGACACCUUAUGAAGUUACAAUCAUAAGAGCAGUGGGAUGAAUUUAUUAUGAGAGUAGGGUAAAAGGGAACCUUCUCUUUAGGCCUGUCAAAUUUAGGGGGGGAUAUAAACGAUGAGGCGUAAAUUAUGUUUUAAAGGACAUGAAAAACAAAGUUGAUUGGGGAGUCUAUUCUCCCAUCUGAGAUUAUUUUUCAUCAGUUGUCUGUGAAUCUGGAAUCCAGUUUUCAAAAGUCUAACAACUAUAUUCAGGCUUUCUGGGAUGCCAAACACCUUGUUAACAUACCACCUGCCACCACCUGCUGAGGGAGUCUUUUUGCUUAAGUGUUUGCAUUCUAAAAGGUAAGGUCCUCUUUUGUGAAACCAACUCUGGGCUAAGAAAAAACCCUCAUAUUUGAAACUUUUUUCUAAAAACGUAAUGAAACCAAUGUUUUUGUAAAAUACAUUGAUGAAUAUUUCUUUUUCAAGUGACAUAUUUCCUGUCUUUGCAACGGUGUGCCCCAGGCACCAGGUCUGCACUGUGACCUGGCU